GUGGAUGUUCGUGUUUUUCGGGGGCUUCUUCCGGUAGUUUAUGAACUGUUUGUUUUGCAUGUGGUGUUGGGAAGCACUGCCAGUAACAAGCCAAGAGGAAACCUGUUAGAGUGUUUAUGUGGUUGCAGUUGGAGCGAAUGUUUAGUCUGGUUUGAAAAUCCGCAACGGUCAAUCAAUCGUCGAAUUAAAGGUGCAACUAUUCUCUGACGUUGUCUGAAGUGUUUGUUAGUAUUAUGAUAGUUGGGGUAUCCAAACUAGCUGCAAAUAGCUAUCGGGGAAGAAUAAAAUUUUAUUUCAAUUACUUUUGAACCCAGAUCGAUUGAAUAUCGGCAGAAACGAAAACUGUCUAAGGUUGCGAGCAGGGAGACGACUCAAUUGUCGUCGAGAAGAGCAAGGUUCCCGUUGAAUUGGAGAUCCGAGUCAAUUAGCGUCCCGGGGUUAAUGAGUGGAGUAAACAGUUUAAAAAUGAGCUGUGAAAUUUGCGCUGCGGUGGCAUCGAAGUAGUUUCGUGGCCAAGUCCGCCCGUUGUUGUGUUGCCGUUCGAGAAAUCGCUGGCUGAGUGUCGGACCGAUCCAGGGGGGGUUAAGGUGGAUCGAGAAGCAAGAAGAAAGUGCGGAGUUCCGAGUCAUAUCUUGGAAUAAACAGUGAUAUUUACAGAAAUCUGUUAGCCGUGCGAAAUCGUGAUCGAUAGUUUCGAUACAAAUGUUUAUGGAUGAGCGUGUUGAACCACGGUCAAUGUGUUUGUGUGGGUUGGAGAUUUUUGAUUCGGUUUGAAGGCGUAAGAGUUUUCCAGGGGAAAUCCAUCAGCAGCCAAUAACAGAUUUCUUCAAACGACCGGAUGCACAUUCAAUUGGCCGCCGCCACCAUCAUUCAAAUUGGAUUACGCACAAAACUUUUCCAGAUAAUGAGACACUUAAUUAUAAUUGGUAAGCUACUCCCUCGACAUGAACAUGAAGCAACGUAAAUAUUCAUCUGGGAGCAAUCCUUCGUGAAAAUGCCGUUCUCCCGUUUAAGUGGUUGAAAACUGUACGAUAAGUGAGUGGCAGAAAUCAGAAGAACCUUUUUCAGUUCCGCCGGGCGGGAGUGGUUCCCGGUAUUGAGUAACGGUUUCCUUUUGGGAAAUCCGUUCAACAAUAAUGAGCGUAUGUAGCGCGAGGCGGAAACAGCUGGUGGUUGUCGUGGUGCUUUUCCUGGUGAUGGUAUGGGCCGUCCCGCUGUUGGGAAACGAGUCGUUCGCGUUGCCGCAUACAGCAUCCGAAACGGAGUCGGUGUUGCCGCCGGAUGGUAACCAAACUCUGCCACCGGAUGUAAAUUGCACCUUCCAGCCACCACCGCUCUUGAAGCGGGUGUGUCAAUGCUGGAACUCGGCGGACGAGUUUCUCGAGGAAGUGCACUGCCGCUGCGAGGGAAGUACCAUGAUGCGGGUUCCACAGAAAUUGACAACGAUGCAGAAGCUCACGCUGGAGAAGGUGGGCAUCAAGCGGCUACGGGAGAACGCCCUGGCCGUGUACGCAACUGGGCUGCAGGAUUUAUUUUUGAUCUCCCUGUCAGACUUUCAUCACGUUGAGCCCCGUUCGUUUGCCAAGCUGCGGAAUCUACGCACUUUAUACAUAGCACAUGCACCCAAACUCCAGUUCCUGGAGUCGGGGGUUUUUGAGGGCAUUUCCACCAAACUGAAGACAUUGCGCAUCAUCCAUUGCGGACUGCUGGCGGUACCGGAUAUGCGAAUGCUCUCGGUUCACAUUAUUCUGCACAUGGUAGAUUUAGACGGUAAUCAAAUCCAGGAAAUUCACGAGAGAGCCAUUCAAAUAAAGACUGAUGAAUUAAUUUUAGAUAAUAACGCACUCACCGCCAUCCACGGUGAAGCUUUCUUCGGUUCACAGGUAGCAAAACUCAGUUUAAAGCUUAACUUCAAAUUAAAAUACAUUCACCCGACUGGUUUCAAAGGAAUGCAGAACAUCAGAGAGCUGGAUCUCUCCGGAACGGCGCUGGAAGUCAUGCCGACCGAAGGUCUGAGCGAACUGGAAGUUCUCCGGAUUCAGAAUACCCACUCGCUGAAAACCAUUCCGUCGGUUUACAAUUUCAAGAAUCUGCAAACGGCAUACCUGACGCACCCAUUCCACUGCUGUGCGUUCCAUUUUCCGGACCGCCACGACCCGCACGCCCACCAGGAGGAUAAGAAAAAGUUCAGCGACAUUCAGGAGGUAUGUCACGCCGGAGGAUACGCCACGCCUCAAGUGAAAGUUGGCCUUUACGGCGAGCGGGCCACCGAUGGGACCAAACGAAUGAGUGACCAAAUUGUUGAAUUUGUAGAAGAUGACUGGCAACGAGAAAAACGUUCCAUCCGUGAUCCACUUCUGGCUGAUGAAGGCAACGGUUUCUUGCGAUUCUUGUCAAGAAACAGCAUCAAUUUCCGGUCAGAUGACCAGCAUGACAGUCUUGCGUCGGGAGGCUCGGGUUCCGGUCCGUUGAGAAGUGAAAACUUUUACCAGUCCAUCACCGGGCUGCCGAUAGACACUGUCAUCCCCGAUGAGGAAUCUAAUCUGAACACAGUUAAUCCUGAAUUUGGGGAAUUCCACACAGUGGUAUUGAAGCCCACUUCGAUGGAGGCCAUUUGCGGAAAUUUGACACCCACCAAGUUUGAUGUUAAGUGCUACCCGAUGCCGGAUGCGUUGAAUCCUUGCGAGGAUGUUAUGGGAUUCGACUGGUUGCGGGGCUCCGUCUGGGUGGUGCUUCUGUUGGCUGUGUUUGGAAACGUUGCAGUGCUGGUAGUCCUGUUCUCUAACAGGUCUGAUUUAACCGUUCCGAAAUUUCUCAUUUGCCAUCUGGCUUUCGCCGACUUGUGCAUGGGACUCUAUUUGCUGCUCAUUGCGUCUAUCGAUGUGCACUCGAUGGGCGAGUAUUUCAACUAUGCGUUCGACUGGCAGUAUGGUUAUGGCUGCAAAUUCGCUGGUUUUCUUACAGUCUUCUCUAGUCAUCUAUCAAUCUUUACUCUGACCAUUGUCACUCUUGAACGAUGGUUCGCAAUUACCCAUGCCAUCUACCUCAACAAACGCAUCAAGCUCUCAGCGGCCACCUACAUCAUGAUCGCCGGUUGGAUCUACUCGGCAGUCAUGGCAGCCUUCCCGUUGUUCGGAAUCAGCAACUAUUCAUCGACGAGCAUUUGCUUGCCAAUGGAAGCGCGCGACACGCUGGACAUUGCGUAUCUGCUGACGGUGCUCGGUAUCAACGGAUUGGCGUUCAUCAUCAUCGUCAUCUGCUACGCUCAAAUCUAUUUCUCGCUCGGUAAGGAAACCCGUCAUGCCGCCCGCCCGGCCCACAGUGGUGAGAUGACGGUGGCGAAGAAAAUGGCGCUGCUGGUAUUCACCAAUUUCGUCUGCUGGGCACCGAUAGCUUUCUUCGGUCUAACAGCCAUCGCCGGAUAUCCGCUGAUUGAUGUAACGAAUUCCAAAAUUUUGCUGGUAUUCUUCUAUCCACUCAACUCGUGUGCAAAUCCAUACUUGUACGCCAUUCUCACCAUGCAGUAUCGAAAGGACUUCUUCAUGCUAUUAUCCAACUACGGUUUGUGUACGCAACGCGCCCAACAGUACAAAAUGACCUACUCGCUUCCGACGAACACAAUCCAGAUCGUACCUGCUAGAGGCUCCCUGACGACCACAUUGAACACUGUGUCGAACCCCAACGGAACAACAGUCGUAAGCCAGAUGACCAGCAGCGGUGCCAAUAUGGACCAUGGCUCAACGGCGAACAGUCUGAAUGGGCAUGCUACCAAUGUCACGGUAAUGGAGGAGGUGAAUGUGAUAACGGAAAAGCUCAGCCUGACGGGUAGCUUGAUUGUAGAACAGGAGAAUGAAACUUUUCUCUGAAGCAAGUCAUGAAUGAUGGGUGGCACUUUCACCCUUAGUUUAGGAAGUGUUGGAAUGCGCUAAAAUAUCAUAAACGAAGUGAAAUUGAAUCUCGAUAUUUGGUGCUUCAGACAUAUUGAACAACGUAUGUGCCUGUGCGGUACUGACAAUGAAAAAAAAAGCAUGAGGAGCAAUUCGAUCGCCAAAUUGUUCUAACUGAUUGUUGAUGUACCAAAUUGGACAUUUCAUUUUCCAUUCGCAUCCUCGUUAAAAAUUCACAACUGCAGUAUUGAAAUCGUGUUCGUAACGCCAUUAUACUCAAAGUAUUAUAUCAAACAAUGCAGAAAAUUUAAAAUUCAACGAAAGCAGCUUGCCGAUCGAACGACUUCUAGUGUGAUACGUUAUCAAAGUAUAUUUACCACGCUUCCCAUGUUGUUUACAAAUUAUCGUCUUCUCCCGCCAAUAGCAGAAGCAAAAAUACGACAAAUGUUCAUUCCCAAACAAAUCUGAAUGUGAUACUGGAUCCUCGGUGUGUGUAUUCUAUUUGCUAUUAUAUUAGUAGCUAGUCUUAAGAAAUGUUGCUUGGGUAUUCGUUAUCACUUGGAUGCAUCUGAGAUCUGUCUCAAUUCUCGAAUUAAACUCAAACAGGAGAACGAUUCCCAUUCUCAUCUCAUUUUAACAAAUUCAUCUCAACUCGAAACAGAAAAAAACAUCAAUGUUAGCAGAAUCUUUUUGCUAAAAUGUGUGUUCACUGCUGGAAGAAUCACAAAAAUAAGAACUAAUACGAACCAUUUUUCAUUUGAUUGCUUUUUAUAGGAUGAAUAUGGAAGCUAUGAGAUGAAGAACUGGAACAGUUUCCCUAUAAACUUGAAAGUGGCAGUUCUAAAACUACAAUUGGCCAUGUCUACCGACCGACCAAGAUUUUGACAAAAUCAGAUUCGAGAGCAUAUCAACUUACAUGGCACUCGUCACAUGGUUCUCUAUAUUUUUCAACUGCCACUUUUAAUUUUGAUUUUGAGUCGAUAAUGAGGAUGAACGCAUGCUAGAGACGGAUUGUGAAUUGUAAUGAGUGAUUUGUAUAAAUUAGCUGAUAGGCCAUCGGUUAGAGAUAUUAAACAGGAUAUAGAGAGGAUUCAGCAAGAUGAAGCGAUAUCGAUAGAGUUACCAAUAAAUCCAAGUUUUAUGUGCUUGAUGAGAUGA